AUGGACACCGCAGACACACAGAGGCGCACACGAGCGGGCAUACAUCAACGACGCCCGUAUCGGCUCCCCGACAAACUAAGCAGUUUCUUUCUUUCUUUUUAUCUAUCUAUCUAUCUAUCUAUCUAUCUAUCUAUCUAUCUAUCUAUCUAUCUAUCUAUCUAUCUAUCCAAGUCUACUUAUCUAAGUCUACUUAUCUAUCUAUCUAUCUAUCUAUCUAUCUAUCUAUCUGUCGCUGUCUACUCGCAUCUAUCUAUCAUAACAAUAUUAAUAUCUAUCUAUCUAUCUAUCUAUCUAUCUAUCUAUCUAUCUAUCUAUCUAUCUAAGUCUAUAAAAUAUCGUCAAAUCUAUUGCCAUAUCUAUCUAUCUAUCUAUCUAUCUAUCUAUCUAUCUUCAUACGCCCCAGAGGCCACCUGCGAUAAACUGUCUUUUUCCUUUUUCUUUCUUUCUGUCUUUCUUUCUUUCUUUCUUUCUUUCUUUCUUUUCUUUCUUUCUUUUUCUUUCUUUCUUUCUUUCUUUCUUUCUUUCUUUCUUUCUUUCUAA